GCCACCCCUAUUAUUGUUCCAUCCCUAUACCUGGUCCUCGCAACUCACAAACUAUAAACAAUAAAAACCCAAAGCUCCCCUUUUUCUGUGGAGCUAUAACCAGACACGAAUCUGUCACCAUACACCUGACCCGUGCCAAAUGGAACCGGCUGUGGAGAAUUCUCUGCGGGAUUGCGGGAACAGGAACGCGCAACUGCAGGGAAUCUACCACGAGCGACAGACCAGGCACUUGUGCGGUCUGCACGCCCUGAACAACCUGUUCCAGAGUCCGGGAAUGUUCUCCAAGUCGGAGCUGGACGACUACUGCACCACCCUGACGCCGCGCAAUUGGCUGAAUCCGCACCGCUCGUGGAUCGGCUGGGGCAACUACGAUGUCAACGUCAUUAUGUACGCCCUGCAGCAGAGGAAUUGCGAAGCGGUGUGGUUCGACCGCCGGCGGGAUCCACACUGCCUCAAUCUUAGUGCCAUCUUUGGCUUCAUCCUCAAUGUUCCGGUGCAGAUGAGCCUCGGCUACUACGUCUCACUGCCCUUCCAGAUGCGCCACUGGCUGGCACUACGGCGCAUCGAUGGCAGGUACUACAAUCUGGACUCCAAGCUGCGGGAACCCCGAUCCCUGGGCUCCGAGGAUGAGUUCCUCGACUUCCUGCGCAGCCAGCUGCAAAUGGACCAGGAUCCGGAGCUGUUCCUCAUCCUGAACGAAGAGGAUGACCCGGCCACAGACGGGAACGAGAAGAACCAGCAACGUUGGCUGCUCCCUCAGUUCAGGGAUUAAAGUUAUGGUUAUGCAAAUAAAGUUAUAGCGGCGUGGAACGAACCAUUUAUCAGUUAUUCAUUUCUUUUAAGACAUUUAACCGAAAAGUGCCCUAAAAUUCAUGAAAUAUAUUUCAAUUCCCCUUUUUUCACUCUUCUUAAAAUGGAUUUUAUUUGCAAACAUCUUUAAAAUAAUUUAAAAUAGCUAAAUAUUAAGGAAUAUAUAAGUUUUGAUGUACACUUUAAAAUCAUAUUAAAAUGUUUUGAGUCUAAAACCAA